AUGGCUUUGAUCCUCAAGCCAGCAUAUGCAUUCUACAACCGCCGCUACCAGGCACACCCCAUCCUGACCAUUUGUGUUACCAACGCCUUCCUCGCCGGAAUCUCGGACACCCUCACCCAAAAGUACCUCACCCCUUCGACAACACCAGCUGCAACAACACUAGCAGAGGUUUCGCACAAGAUCGACGAGACAGUCGACAACAUCAGCACCAACGUCCAAGAGGGUGCCACAGAGCUCGCCCACAAAAUCGACCAAACCGUCAACAAUGAUACCAGCGUCGACUCGACCGCCUCGGCAACACUCGAAAAUAUCAAGGAGAAAGGAGGACAAGUCGUUUAUCAGGGGCAAGAGCUGGUCCACCAAGGGAAACAACAGAUCGAGAACCAACUCUCACAAUCAGAUCUUGGCCACAACAAGCAACAACAGACGAUCCCCCCUGCACAGGAUUUUGCGAGAACAGGACGGUUCAUGUUUUACAACUUUUCGGUCGCGCCCAUUAUCCACACCUGGUACACUGUCCUCGACAAGAACUUCCCCAUAGCUGCCCAGGCUGUCAGCAACAAGCAGAACCAGCAAGCGGCUGCCAAGGUUAUGCAUACUUUGAAGCCAGUGGUGAAGCGAGUGAUUGCCGACCAGGUCAUUUUUGCGCCCAUUGGACUUGCGAUGCUCUUUACUGGACUCACUGUUCUUGAGGGUGGAAGUCUCCAGCAGAUCAAGGAUAAGCUGAACAACGUAUGCUUUACAUUUAUUCCUACACUGCAAGCCAACUACCUAGUCUGGCCCAUGGUCCAGCUCGUAAACUUCAGGUAA